AUGAAAUCUAAGUCAAUUUCGUUGUAUGGUGUUGGAAAGCUUAUAUCGUUGGGAUUUCAAAACGGCUCGGUUACCAACGUUAUCCUUGCUGAAAUCGAAGGUGAAUUAGCAAAGAACGCUAUCACUUAUUCGAUUGAUAUCGGUGAUAUGAUCUUCAACACUGAGAGAGAUGAUUCAGCCAGACACGAAGGAAUCGCGCAGGCGUUCCUGAUAGCGAAGGAAGUAAAAGACGUUCCGACUGGUCUUCAACUCAAAGGUAAAGUUCUUAAUGAACGAUACCUGACUCCAUCGAUGGAUCCUUUUGAGGCUAUUGACCUAAACGCUGUGUAUGCCGCUCACUCAGUGCAAGGAUCCGAUCUGUUAAAUCAGAUCAAAUCUCUAAUGCGCACCAUUUUAAAGAAAAUGACAAAUCCGCCUCUCGAAAGCGCUCUUGAGCUCUUCCCAAAUUCGCUCAAUGCGAUGAUCGACAGUACAGUUUGUCCAAAAAAUUAA